AUGGACACAGUCAGCACACCUGGUUCAGAUGAUUAUAGAGAUUCGUUUAGUUCCAUCAACGAAAGACCAGUCGAUGAUAUAUCACUGGAAUUUUUCUACAAACCACACACUAUUACGUUAUUAGCGGUUUCCAUAGCUGCCGUUAUUCAUACAGCUUUUGUCAGAGAUGAGCUCAACAUCCAAGAUAAUAUAUGGUCUGGUAUCUGUUGCGUUGUUUUCUUCUUUUUAAUCAUAUCGGUACUUACUUUCCCUAAUGGCCCCUUUACUAGACCUCACCCUGCUGUAUGGAGGAUUGUGUUUGGCAUGUCAGUCUUGUAUUUAUUGGCAUUGCUAUUUCUCUUAUUUCAAAAUUACUCUACUGUAUAUGAUAUAAUGUAUUGGAUUGACCCAGAGUUGCGCAACUUUCAUAUAGAUAUGGAAAAGGAGUAUGCAGUUAAUUGUAAUGACCUAAGUAUAAUAUGGUCCAGAUUGGAUGUUUAUGCCUGGGGCCAUUUCUUAGGAUGGAUGUUUAAAGCUAUUCUUUUUAGGCACGCUGGUCUUUUGUGGGCUAUAUCAAUAAUGUGGGAAAUAACUGAAAUAGCCUUUGCUCAUUUAUUGCCAAAUUUUUUGGAGUGUUGGUGGGAUUCAAUUAUUUUAGAUGUUUUAUUAUGUAAUGGAUUUGGGAUAUGGUGUGGUCUAAAGAUAUGUAAAGCUUUAGAAAUGAGGGAAUAUAAAUGGGUCAGUAUAAGGGACAUCUCAUCUACAACGGGUAAAAUCAAAAGGGCCAUUCUUCAAUUUACCCCAGUUCAGUGGACUCCUGUCCGAUGGCUGGACCCAAACUGUACUUAUAUGAGAUUCUUUGCUCUCAGCCAACUUGUUGUAUUCUGGCAGAUAUCAGAACUAAACACAUUUUUCUUAAAACAUAUAUUUGAAAUGCCGCCUUCCCAUCCUCUAGUUAUUGCUCGCCUAGUUCUGAUUGGAGUAAUUGUGGCUCCUUCUAUUAGACAAUAUUAUACAUAUAUAACUGAUCCAAACUGCAAAAGAGUUGGAACCCAGUGCUGGGUUUAUGGUGCAAUUAUGGUGACAGAGUCGAUGCUGUGCAUAAAGAAUGGGAAGGAGCUUUUUGGACAAACACAUGUGUCUAAUGUCGUAGUAUGGCUAGUCAUACAAAUUCUAGUCUCAGUAGCAUGUGUCUAUGGUGUUGUCUUGUAUGAUGGAUAUUUUAAGGUAAUAGUUAAUAAGGUUUUAAAGCCUAAAAGUUUAAGUACGAGCAGUGCAAAAAAAGAUAACUGA